AUGGCAAGCACACUCUCGCUCAAAUUUCUCGCCGUAACCCUUCUAGCCAGCCAAGCUUCCCUUUGCGAUGGAGCGGUGAUAAAUGCCAGAUCCGAUGUGCCUCCCGGAUUUGUGGCCGCUCCGUACUACCCGGCGCCCUACGGCGGCUGGGCAUCGGACUGGUCCGACAGUUACAGGAGAGCCAAGGAAGUUGUCGAUAGGAUGACACUAGCUGAGAAGACGAAUAUCACUUCCGGGACCGGCAUCUUUAUGGGUAGGACUAUUCUCUGUCGUAUGAUGCGCUUCAACCUGCUAAUCCGUUGCGUUGGAAACUCCGGCAGCGCCCUCCGCGUCGGUUUCCCUCAGCUAUGCCUUGCCGACUCGGCAACCGGCGUCCGCCAAGCCGACAACGUUACCGUGUUUCCAUCCGGCAUCACCACGGGCGCCACAUUUGACAAGGACUUGAUCUACGCCAGGGCUGUUGCUAUGGGCAAGGAGUUCCGGGGCAAAGGCGCCAACGUCUAUCUGGGACCGAGCGUGGGACCCAUCGGUAGAAAGCCUAGGGGCGGUCGAAACUGGGAGGGCUUCGGGUCCGACCCCGUGUUGCAGGGUAAGGCUGCUGCGUUGACCAUCAAAGGCGUCCAGGAGCAGGGCGUCAUCGCCACGAUCAAGCACCUCGUGGGCAACGAGCAGGAGAUGUUUCGCAUGUACAACCCUCUGCAGCAGGGCUACAGCGCCAACAUCGGUGAGGCCCCUCCCCUUUAUCGAAGAGUCAGAGAUUCGGCUACUGACCGAGUAGAUGACCGAACGCUCCAUGAACUGUACCUCUGGCCUUUCGCAGACGGUGUGCGUGAAGGCGUAGGUUCCGUCAUGACGGCUUACAACGCGGUCAACGGUUCGGCUUGUAGCCAGAACAGCUACUUGAUCAACGGCAUCCUAAAGGAUGAACUCGGUUUCCAAGGGUUUGUCAUGAGCGACUGGUUGUCUCACAUGUCUGGCGUUGGCUCUGCCCUCGCUGGCCUCGACUUCAACGCUCCGGGCGACCAGCAGGUGCCACUGACUGGCUACAGCUACUGGAUGUACGAUCUCACUAGAGCCGUACUGAACGGAUCUGUCCCUGUGGACCGCAUCAACGACAUGGCCACCAGAGUUCUGGCAACGUGGUACCAGAUGGGACAAGAUGAGGGCUUCCCAUCAACCAACUGGGCUACAGGAACCCGUAACAGAGUAGGGGACUUUUACCCUGGGGCAUGGCCCUUCUCCCCGAGCGGCGUCGUCAAUGAGUUUGUCAAGGUCCAGGACGACCACCACCUCGUCGCCAGACAGGUUGCGCAGGAGGCCAUCACCCUUCUCAAGAACAAUGGCAGCCUUCUGCCCAUCACGACCUCGGCGCCCAUCAAGAUCUUCGGUACCCACGCCCAGACAAACCCGGACGGGCCCAAUGCCUGUGCCGAUAGAGCCUGCAACAAGGGCCUGCUCGGAAUUGGAUGGGGCUCUGGAACGGUUGACUAUGAAUAUUUGGACGACCCGCUUACUGCCUUCAAGAAGAGGGCCGGUAACGUCGUGUACUACAACAGCGACUCUUUCCCAUCGGUCCCGGCCCCCACGGCGGAUGAUGUAGCGUUCGUCUUCAUCACUUCUGACUCUGGCGAGAACCAGUACACGGUAGAAGGCAACAACGGAGACCGCAGCUCCUCCGGCCUCAAUGCCUGGCAUAACGGCAACAAGCUCGUCAAGGACGCUGCCGCCAAAUAUCAAAGCGUCGUGGUCGUCAUCCACACGGUUGGUCCGAUCCUCGUAGACGAAUGGAUCGACCUCCCCAGCGUCAAAUCAGUCCUCGUGGCUCACCUGCCCGGCCAGGAGGCCGGCGAGUCUCUUGCCAAUAUUGUCUUUGGUAACGCAUCCCCCUCUGGCCACCUUCCGUACAGCAUGACCAAGAAGGAAUCCGACCUGCCUGCGUCCGUCACCCAGUUGGUCGGCGGCUCUCUUGGCCAGCCACAAGACACCUUCUCGGAGGGUCUGUACAUCGACUACAGGUACCUCCACAAGAACAAUAUCAAGCCUCGCUUCGCCUUUGGCCACGGACUGAGCUAUACCGACUUCUCCUUCUCUGAGGCGACCAUCAGCUCCGUAACGCCCCUAACCGCUUCGCCACCAGCCCGCCCAGCCAAGCAAGGCAUCCUCGAGUACAGCGCGCCUAUUCCCGACUGGACCGAGGGCGUAGCGCCGGCCGGUUUCAACAAGAUCUUCAGGUACAUUUACUCCUGGUGCACCGAGUCCGAGGCCAAGGACGCCGUCGCAGCCUCCAAGACAAAGACCUACCCGUACCCGGCGGGUUACAGCACGACCCAGAAGCCCGGCCGCCCCGCCGGCGGCGCCCAGGGAGGAAACCCGGCUCUCUUCGACGUGGUCUUCACCGUCUCAGUCAAGGUGACUAACACGGGCACCGAGCACUCGGGCAAAGCUUCAGCACAGGCGUAUGUGCAGUUCCCGGACGGCGGCCCCGAAACCCCCGUGAUCCAGCUGCGUGACUUUGAGAAGACGAAGAAUCUAGCGCCUGGAGAGAGUGCCACGGUGACGCUGGAGUUGACGAGGCGGGACGUGAGCGUUUGGGACGUGGUCAGUCAGAACUGGGUCGUGCCGAACCCGACGGGGAGGUACAAGAUCUGGGUUGGGGAGGCCAGUGACAAGUUGUUUUUGGCGUGUUACACGGACUCUGGGGACUGUGAGGAAGGCCUCGAGAGCCCCGUUUGA